GCUUAUAAUAUCUCUAUGGUUGACGUCGAUAUUAGCGUUAUCUGUUGCGCAGACCUGGUACUUCGCAAUCCCUCUAUCCGCGCGGAAGCCAAUCGGUGCAAGUUUCGUCGCCUCUUUUCAGGCCGCGUCGCGACCGGCCAAUCGAGAAUCGCCAGCUCGCGUAUAUCUAGAGUUUCGAUAGUCAAACGCGUGUUUUUGCAUGACAGUCGACGGAGUUCCGACGGCGGUAGGUGGAAAUUUUUCUGGAAUAUUUUCUACGCCCCAGUCAUUCACAGAAGAAGAUCAAAAAUGAAUUCUGCAUUGGGAUUUGUUCUCCUGGUGUUCAUCGCUGUUAUCGGAACGGUUUCACCGGCUAAAAAAGACAGCUGCGAAGUUUGCAUAGCAACGGUGAAGAAGUUUGCUGAUACUUUGGACGAGGCCACUAAAUCAGACACAAAAAAGAUUGAAGAUGCAUUCAAGAAAUUCUGCAAAGACACAAAGUCAAAGGAAAACAGAUUUUGCUACUAUUUGGGCGGUCUUGAGGAAUCCGCGACUGGAAUUCUUGGCGAAUUGAGUAAACCACUGUCCUGGUCAAUGCCAGCUGAAAAAAUUUGCGAGAAAUUAAUGAAGAAGGAUGCACAGAUCUGUGAUCUGCGUUUUGAAAAGCAAAUAGACCUAAACACUGUAGAUCUGAAGAAACUGAAGGUGCGUGAUUUGAAGAAAAUUCUUAACGACUGGGAAGAAACAUGCGAGGGCUGCAUUGAAAAGACGGACUUCAUUCAGCGAAUCGAAGAGUUGAAGCCACGGUACUCGAGUAGUCAGAAGACUGAACUUUAAAGAGCUCAUCGAUUAGAAUAAUUGCCCGAUUCGCAUAGCUUUGAGUUUUCUUGGUGUAACAAAUAGUGAAGUUAAUUAAUUAAUCGGAAUCGAACUUGAGAUUCGGAAGAAAAGAACAAACUCAACCCCAAUCUUAUAUGAUUUCGCGUUCCAUCGUUUACGAUAAUUUUUAUCAAUAGCAGAAAGUUAGGUAUGCUAAAACGUACCAACUUCGACCAGUUUUCCACCAAAUAUUUAAUUCCGUUGCGACAAUAUCAGCUGGUACUUUUAUUUACCCAAGGGCAGAUAGCUUAAAACUCGAAACGACGAGCCAAAUAAAUUACGUAUUUAUUCUAUCAUUGUAUAGAUUAAAUAUCAUUGAUGUAUGAACUGAGAGUUUAAAUGUACGAAAUUUUCCUAUUUGAUAUAUAACUCGAUCAUUGUUCAUCAUUCUCAGCUCGUCGCUUCGCUUAUAAAGUUUUCAGACGAUGUUAAAGGUUAUUUAAACUGUAUAAUUAAAUCUUCGCAAUCAUCAAGCGUCGAUCAUGAGAAAAAGAAAGAUAUUCCCAAUGCCAAAUACCAAUGCACAGGAAUGACUGUUUAUUAGUAGUAAUAUUAAUAAUGAUAAUUUUAAUUAUAAUAAAUAAUUAUUACUGUUUGUAAAAAAAAAA